AUGAAUGAAUAUGGUAAUCAAAUUUAUUCUAAUCAACCUAUAAUAAUUGAUAAUGGAAGUGGAUAUAUAAAAGCUGGUUUUGCCGGAGAUGAUAUUCCUAAUAUUGUAUUUCCAUCAUAUGUAGGUAGACCAAAAUAUAAGAGGGUUAUGGCGGGAGCAGUAGAAGGUAACAUUUUUGUCGGAAAUAAAGCGGAAGAAUAUAGGGGACUAUUAAAAGUUACUUAUCCAAUUAAUCAUGGAAUUAUUGAAAAUUGGAAUGAUAUGGAAAAUAUUUGGAUUCAUGUAUUCAAUUCUUUAAAAAUUAAUUCAGAAGAACAUCCUGUCUUAUUAACUGAAGCCCCUUUAAAUCCUCAAAAAAAUAAAGAGAAAAUUGCGGAGGUUUUUUUUGAAUCAUUUAAUGUUCCUGCCUUAUUUAUUUCUAUUCAAGCUAUUCUUUCCUUAUAUUCUUGUGGAAAAACUAAUGGGACAGUUUUAGAUUGCGGAGAUGGAGUUUGCCAUUGUGUUUCAAUUUAUGAAGGAUAUAGUAUAACAAAUACAAUAACAAGAACAGAUGUUGCAGGAAGAGAUAUCACAACUUAUUUAGGUUAUUUGUUAAGAAAAAAUGGGCAUUUAUUUAAUACUUCAGCUGAAAUGGAAAUAGUAAAAACUAUGAAAGAAAAUUGUUGUUAUGUUUCUUUUAAUAUGAAUAAAGAAAAAAAUUCUUCUGAUAAAUCUAUUACUGCUUUACCUUACAUACUUCCUGAUGGAUCACAAAUAUUGAUUGGAUCUGAGAGGUAUAGAGCACCAGAAGUUUUGUUUAAUCCAUCUAUUUUAGGAUUAGAAUAUUUAGGAUUAUCUGAACUAAUAGUUACAUCAAUAACAAGAGCCGAUAUGGAUUUACGAAAAACUUUAUAUUCACAUAUUGUCUUAUCUGGAGGAACAACUUUAUUUCAUGGUUUCGGUGAUAGACUAUUAAAUGAAAUUAGGAAAUUUGCUCCCAAAGAUAUAACAAUAAGAAUUAGUGCACCACCGGAAAGAAAAUUCAGUACAUUUAUAGGAGGAUCAAUUUUAGCAUCUUUAGCAACUUUUAAAAAAAUUUGGAUAUCUAAACAAGAAUUCGACGAAUAUGGUUCUGUUAUACUACACAAAAAAACAUUUUGA